AUGCAUCUCUGGUCUCGAUCCAACCUGAGUGCUCUCUUGGCUCUUCUUGCAGCCAAGGGGGCAUUCUCACGAGCUCUUGUUAAAAGAGAUAGCCCUGUCCUACCAGGCCUCUGGGCCGACCCCAACAUUGCCGUCGUGAACAACACCUACUACCUCUACGUCACGACUGAUGGCUUUCCAGGAUGGGGCGGAAAUGAAUUCUUCUGGUGGAAGUCUGAAGAUCUCGUCUCUUGGACCAGAAGCGAGGAGCCCUUCUUGGUCCUCGACGGCGAGAAUGGCAACGUCCCUUGGGCCACCGGCAAUGCCUGGGCACCUGGCUUUGCAGCCAAAGAUGGGAAGUACUACUUCUAUCAUAGCGGCAACAACCCUUCUGUUUCAGAAGGCCACAAGAGCAUUGGAGUGGCUGUCGCCGACCAUCCCGAAGGACCCUUCAAGGCCCAGUCAAAGGCCAUGAUCCAGGGCACCAAGGAUGAGGAGAUUGUCAGCAACCAAGCCAUCGACCCCGCUGCUUUCCAAGACCCAGAGACUGGAAAGUACUACAUCUACUGGGGUAACGGCGUACCCAUUGUCGCCGAGCUGGACGACGACAUGGUUUCGCUCAAGCCCGGCUGGCACAGACUGGAAGGUCUCGUCAACUUCCGCGAGGGCCUAUUUGUCAACUACCGCGACGGGACUUAUCACCUGACAUAUUCUAUUGAUGAUACGGGGUCUGAGAACUACCGUGUCGGCUACGCGACGGCAUCCAACCCCAUCGGUCCCUGGACUUAUCAAGGGGUGAUCCUGCAGAAGGAUACCUCUCUUGGCAUUCUCGGCACGGGACAUAACUCAGUGCUCAACAUCCCUGGAACUGACGAGUGGUACAUUGUCUAUCACCGCUUCCAGAUUCCCGGUGGUGGUGGUUUCAAGCGGGAGACUACUAUCGACAAGCUGUACAUCGAUGAGGAUACUGGGCUAUUUUUGCCGGUGAAGCCGACCUUGGAGAGUGUUGGACCUCGAAGACUUCCUUGA